AUGAGUCGGGCAUUAAUUUUUAGUAAAAACUAUCUAAGCAAGAAAUUUAAAAUAAAAUAGCCAAAUGAACUCUAUAGGGAACUACUUAACAAUGUAAAGUUAUUCCAAGUCGAUGAAUUACAAAAAAUUUCAACUGACGAAUUAAUUCAUUACAUCAUAUUUUUGGGAACAUUUCAUGAACGUAGAAAUUAGGGAGAUAAAGCUAAGAAAAUUACGUUAGAAUGUCUCAAAUAAUACAGAAAAAAAAUGGUUAAGAAUUCAUACGAAAUUAAUUCUUAAAUACUGUUAUCUCUCAGCAAUGUUUUGUUGUAUGAUGAGUAGAUGGUACAAGAAAUAAUAAACUAAGUCGAUUAAGACAAGGAAACGCUUUCAAUCAAGGAUUUGAUUAAGUUUUAGCAUUGUCUCUACAAACUGAAUAUACAUAAUGAAAAGUUAAGUGAUUUCGUUCUACAAAACUUUAUCAAAUAAAAAGAUUAAGUGGAUUAUUUGGAAUAUAUUCACGAUCUACAUAUUAGAUCAAAUCUACUCAGAAUGGGUUUCGUUGAUGAACAAGUCAUAUCAAUUUUGUUGAAAGGAUUCUAAGAGAAAUUAAAUUCAUCUUAAAAUUCUUAUUUCACCUCAAAAUCAUGCUUUCAAUAUUGUUAGCUUAUGUAUAAUUUGUAUCCAGAGAUAAUUGAUAAACCAUUGUUAGAGUUAAAACCAGAGGAUGGCAAUGUUUUCGCUCCCCAAUUUAAUGAUAUGUUGAAGGACUAUAUAAUUAGUAAAAAACUUGUUGAUCACAAAAAAUCAUUUUAAUCCAUUGAAUAUUACCUAAAUUUUUAGAAAUUAAAUAUAUUGAAUAUCAAAGAAGAUAUUAUAUCCAGGAAUUUAACAAACCUUGAAUAAGAUGUUUAAGAUUUACUAAAUAAAUUAAGUUAUAAAAAUGCAAGAGCUGAACGAGUUAUGAUUUAUGAUGUAGAUUACUUAGUCAAUGAUGACAUCAUUUUAACAUGCAAUGAUCCUGUUCAUUUUGUUGAAGACUUAAAUGGAAAGAUAUUAACGAUAAAUCCAAAUCAUAUCAUGUAAAGCAGGCAUUUGAGUGCCACAAGCAAAUACAAGGUUUACGAUAUAAAUUAUCAUGAGUGGAUACACUUGACAGAAGAACAAAAGAUUGAUAAAUUGAAAUCCUUUAUAGAUUGA